AUGUUGUUCUCUGACUUUCUCGACUCUAGAUCAACAAGGUCUGACGAGGCUCUCCAAGGCAACUUCGAUGAGUUAAAAUCUCAAAUAAGUGAUCGUGUAAUAAACGACAUUAGAGAACUUCAACAAAAGGUGAAGGAUCGCAAGGAGUGGGCCCAGAGGGUAGUGAUCGAGGCAGCAACUCGAGUAUGUAAAGACCACAUGGAGCUCAUAACAUUAAGAAUGGAAAAGGCCAAGAAUGAAAAAAUAGAAAAUAAGAAAAUUGCAUAUCACGUGGAAACGAGUAAUGGAGAGGCUGAGAAAAUGCAACAUGAGGAGCUAAAGGCCGAUACUGAGGCUUACAAGCUGUGCAAGUUUGAUUCUGAUCGAAACAUUGAGGAGGUGACAAAGAGAUGCCAGAAAGGUAUAGAAAAGCUUGCUAAUGCCGAGAGAAAGGCUAAUGUCAUGCGAUCGCAACAUGAGAAGGAGGUGUCGAGGAAGCUGCAGCUGGAACAAGAGUUGUCUCAGGCUGAGAAAGAAGUCGAGGAAGCUGAGGAAGAUCGCAACAACCAUGUCAUCCAAGCUUGCAGCUGUGUGAUCCACCUCAGCUCACUUUACCACCUCGGCCUCACAUCAUCUCCAACAAACUGUCGUCUUGGCCCACGUGACAGCUCAACAUUCAUGAUCACAUGCCGCCAAAACUGA